ACCUCCAACCACCAGCAAACCAAACAACACGUCUCUGCGGUACCACUCCUGGAAUCACUGCACAAUGGGUACCGCACUCAAGACCUGGGAGCUCGAGAACUCGGUAAAGCUCGUGGAUCCCAGCAAGGAUGCACUAUAUAACUACUCUCCUGCUGCCCAGAAAGCAAUCAACGAGGCGCACCCAUGGCGAACCGACCCCAACUACUUUACUUCGGUUCGUAUCUCUGCUAUCGCCCUCCUCAAGAUGGUCAUGCAUGCGCGUUCAGGUGGCUCCCUUGAGGUCAUGGGCUUGAUGCUGGGCAAGAUUGAAGCACACACUUUUGUCGUUACAGACGCCUUUCGGCUACCUGUCGAGGGAACAGAGACACGAGUCAAUGCGCAGGAUGAGGCAAACGAGUACAUGGUCGAGUUCUUGCAGCGAGCACGCGAACAAGGGCAAAUGGAGAAUGCAGUGGGCUGGUAUCACUCGCAUCCUGGUUAUGGAUGUUGGCUAUCUGGUAUCGAUGUCAACACGCAGAAAACGCAGCAGCAAUUCCAAGAUCCCUUCUGUGCCAUCGUCAUCGACCCCGACCGAACCAUCUCUGCAGGCAAGGUUGAGAUCGGGGCCUUCCGCACAUAUUCGACCGAAUACGUUGAGAAUCAGCAAAAGACUGGUGGUUCAAAGGUGUCAGGGGGUACAGACAGCGACGGCUUUGAGACGAUUCCGCUGGGCAAGAUCGAGGAUUUUGGCGCUCACGCCAGCCACUACUACUCUCUCGAAGUCUCACACUACAAGUCUUCCCUCGACGCCAAACUUCUCGAGGCACUUUGGAACAAGUACUGGGUGCAGACGCUUUCGUCGUCGCCUCUUAUUUCAAACCGCGAAUACGGCACCAAGCAAAUCUCCGACCUGGCACGCAAAAUGCAGCAAGAGUCACAUAGCAGCUCACGAUUCAAGGGCGGUCAGGGUUACUCGAGUAGCCUCGAUGUCAAGAAUCAACUGACCAAACUUGGCGCGGUGGGAUCGAAGAUUGCGCGCGAAGAGGAUAUGGGCCUGCUGGCGGCACAGGUCAAGGACAAAGUAUUCAGCUUGCCGAGUGAAGGCGAGGUCAAGAGCCCAGACGUUGUUGAAAUGGAGACUUCGUGAUGUUGCAGGUCGAAGAGGUAUGCGAACAUGUGCAAUGAUUGGACAGCAUGGCAAGGCGUUUAUGGCGUAGCAAAGGGGAUUAUUCGGAUCGAAUUAUAGAAUUACAGAGGGUAGUGUAUUAAAUUCAAUACAAACCUGUCAUGUCUUGAUGAACACGAAAUCCGCUCCUCACUGGUAUCAUACAAUUCGGCGAAGCAGACAUAAUUCAUCUGCAUCACAACCCC